CUGGAUAAAAGGUAGCAUCUACAGUGAUAAUUUUCUCUUUGGGUUUUGAAGAGCUCUGCGGAGCUAGGGUUUCUGAUUCUACAGUGAUGGAAGACAGAGGGGGCAAAAGCGCGCAGGAACUGGCGGUAGAGGGGCAGAAGCAUUUGGAAGACACGAUCGAAGCUGCAUUCCAGAUCCUUUCUUCUAUGAACGACGAGCUCUGCAAUCCCGCUCUCUGGUCCACGCCCGCCUCGACUGGGGCUCAGUCUUCUAACGGCACGGACGGCUCGGAUUUGUCGCAUCAGAUGGAUUUGGGAGGUGGAGCUCUCGAAGACGCUCGGCUUCGGUAUAAAUCUGCUGUUGCUGCUCUUCGUGCUGUUCUCACGGCGAUUCCAAAUUCUCAGAAGGGAAAACCACAUGACUUGGGUGCUGCAGCCAGUGCACUGGAUUCAAAAACAGAUGCAGCUGAAAUCGAGAGACUAGAAGAGCGUGCUGCUAAUUUAAAGAAGGAACUUGCAAAUAAGAACAAAUAUCUCAAGCUUCUCAUAGACCAGCUUCGUGAUCUUAUUACAGACAUAUCCACAUGGCAGAGUCCUUGUUCCGUCUGAAGGUACAGAUUGGAGAUGCUUAACAUGAAUUGGAGGAUGAUUUCAAGCCUCUUAAAGCAGAUGUGUCUGGAUGAAUCUUGAGAAUGUUUGAGCUAAUGGAAUCUCAUUCACAAUGUUUCUGUGCAGUUACAGGAGAUCAACAUUUGAAAGGUUCGUAUUCCUUCCUUCAUUUUCUUGUUAAAUUGGUUAGGAAUUAACACAAUUCAUGAAAAAUAUCCAAAAGAAAAGAAAAGAAAAAAGAAAACUGUGAGAAGGAAUAACAUAUCAUUUUUAUAA